AUGGAGGAGGAAAACGGCAAGACCAUUGUGGCUGCCGCCGGGGCCAAGCCUGUGGGGUUAGUGCCGAUGGCCAGCGACGAGGAGAGCAGCGCAAAAAACGCGAACAAUUCCACGACCGUGAGCACAACUAGAAUGGGCGACAAUGUGUCACAAUGGGCUUCGGCGCAUGGCUUGCACUGCGGCGCGCGAGACGUGAAGCAGCCACCGCCGGUGUUGCAAACACGGACCACAGUGUCAAAGGAGGGCAAACAGGAAGCAGAAGACACGGUGUUCGUGAGUACCCUGACAGUGCACCCUCGUUACCGACGACACCAUUCUCGCUCUCAAGGAAGCUUCUCAUUAAACAACGGCAGUGUACGGUCUCCAACACAUUCACGAAUGAGCAGCCGCGAGCAAUUUUCAUGGGACUCAACCGCGUGGAAGGAAGUGAGCUCGGAAUUGGCCUUCACAGUGGACACAAGGGAGUACCUGCGCCUUGGUCGUGUCUCCUCAGAGUGUAUCGCCGGCGCCAAUGAGUCAAGGGACCAGCCUCCUAGGCGACAUGUGCGUUCCCUUGCAGCGUGGGACCGGAGCGAAGUGGAGGCGCGUGGAAAUGACGCGGAAAAGAGUCUAGAGUUGGCAAGUGAAAGCAAGGGAUGCGUCACACCAAUUGGAAAGGAUAAGUCCUGCACGGAAUCUGUGUUUGAAACCGCACCACUGGGUCAUCAGCAGUCGUUUAGCUUGUUCAGUCAAAGAGAUGUUUCUCACCAAAUCCGAGAACCUGUGGAAGGCGAGAGAGAGGUGAAAUCGGAGCGGGAUGGAGGGGAGGUCGAGGGGAGGGGUUCCAUCAUGACACACAUUCUCGUAAAAUUUAAGCAGUUGUACGGUGUCUUUUACGUGCCACAGAGUGAAUGGGGGACCUUUGGUGUUGGGGAUCUUGUGUCUGUGGAAAGCCACUCCGGGGAAAAUAUGGGUCGUGUUGUGGGCGACCUCACCUCACAAAUGCGGGAAGAAUUAUCGCGUCCGAGUUGUUUUGCCCAACUACCGCGGGAAGUUCUUUACCCAGAGGACGCCUCAAAACCUCUAGAGGCUGUGGAGCCUGGGACCAACAAGGAGACGCUACUGCGACUUCCACGUGUCAUUCGUCGGGGAAUGAACAAGGGUAAGAAGCGAGUGUAUUACGCUCGCCGUCGCGAUACAGAGGCCUAUAAUGUGUGUCAGCGACUGAUUCGGGAACGCGGGUACUCGCUGACUGUCUCUGGUGUGGAGUACCAGGUGGAUUUUAAGCGCAUCACUGUUUUUUGCUCGGACCCGUGUGCUAGUGUAGUUCCGAGCGAGCUCUACUCUUUUAUUCAGCAACUUGCGUCGCUUUUGCGUGGAUCUGCUGUUGAGGUUCUUUUCUCUGUGGAAUGCCCGGCCUCCCUCGAGGUUACAAAGGACAUUACACACGGGCUGUUUAACGACGUUUACGCCUGCUUGGCGAGGGCGCAAGAGAACGAAGGCGCGCGGGCGUGCCCGCGAACACCGUCGUCCUCGCAUCACACCCCUCCCGCGCAGCGCUCCUACGUGGAGGGAAAAAUGACCCCAGUGGCUACUCCGCCGUUUAUGCCCACCUUUGGUCUCCCGCCGCCUGUCCUACCACAGCAGCCGGCGGGAAUGAUGCCUACCGUUAACAUUGGUGCGUUGUACAGCACGGCGGGUAUGCCAUCCCUCGGCUGGGGGUGGCCGUCUCCGCCGCCGUAUCUUGUUCAUCCGCGCCUGACGCCAGGCAUGAAUGGAAGAAUGUAG